AUGUCAGUUCUUGAGAGUUCUGAAGAAAAGAUCAAUGGCUUUAAGUUGAUGAGGUUAAUUGUUGAUGGAGGAACAGAGGUAUUGAGGAACAUCUUCUUAUAAGCAUACAUCCAAGAAAUUUGCAUGCCGUUUUGUAUACUCAUUAUUCUAUACUUUAUCCACUGUUUAAGACUAAGAAAAUAAUCACGCAACUACAAUGGGAUAAAUUGUUUCCCCCUCCCCCUGGGAUUCCAAAUAUUCAAGAAUUUUAUAUAACAUUACUUGUUAUCCUGUUAAGAAACAUCUGUGGCUUGUCUCCUUCUAGUACAGGGUGGAAUGUUAUGCCAGGUUCCACUGACAAUUCUCGUGAAGCGAACAUUGUUCGUAUUAGGCUAUUUCGCAAUAAUUUAGUUGGUCAUGUCCCUGGCACAGAUGUUAAUAGGUUAGAUUUUGAGGCUCAUUGGAUAGAGGUUGGUUCGGCUUUACGCAGUUUGGGUAUAAAUCAACCCGAAAUAAACAGGCUUAAGGCUGAAGAAUGUGGAGAAGAGGAAGUGAAUCGUGUGAGAACAGAAUGGAAUGAAAGCGAGAGAGAAGUAGUGAAAAAAACUGGACGGAUUUGAAAAAAUUAUCCAUGAAAGUGAAAGAAAAAUUGUGUCAAAACUUGAUGGACUUGAAAAACGUCUUGAAGUUCAUGAGCGUUCGUAUGAAUCUUCAAACCAAGUUAAAUCGUCCUUCGAUGACAUUUGUAUAGUAAUAGCCUUCACUGGUGUGACUUUUACAAAGAGAUGUAAUUGUUGCUCGAACAAUACACUGAAGUGAGUGGGUUUUUCAACAGGUAUCAACGUGGCUAAAUGACGCUGCUUCUGAUAAUCGUGCAUUCAUUAUUCCUGGUCAGGCUGGAAUGGGUAAGUCUAUUAUCGCUGCGGUUACAUGUAAACGUUCCCAGAAAAUUUUGCAGGUUGUCAUUUUUUCCAACAUAAUGAUAGCAGGCACAAUAAUCCAAAGUUUCUCCUUCAGUCUUUGGCAUGGCAGUUGUGUCAUGUCGUUCCAGAAUAUAAGAAAAACCUUAGCUGUAAACUUUCUAGUAGUAAAGGACAAAUAUUGGACGAACUGAAUAUCGAAGGAUUGUUUAGAAUGCUCUUCAAGGAACCAUUAACAAACAUUCCCGAUCCAGGUAAGCAUUUUCUCAUCGCAAUAGAUGCGCUAGAUGAAUGCCAGCAGGAAGAAAGGUACGAAUUUGUUGAUUUGAUUACCAGACAUUUUCACAAAUUUCCCAGAUUUAUUCGAUUUUUAACCACAACGCGAUCAGAAAAAGAUAUUGCCCUUAAAUUUCGGGGAUUAAAUCGAAUGUUUCUAGUGCCAGAAGAUAAACGGAAUUUAAGCGAUCUUCGACUGUUUUUUGUGGACAAGUUAUCGACUACAAUGCGGCACCCUUCACAAGAAGAGCUUGUCAAAAAUUUAGUUAAACAGUCUGAAGGUCUGAUGCUCUAUGCAUCUUUUCUUUGUAAACUUUCUAAAGAUGGCUCCAUCAAAUCAAGUAUUGAAAGCUUACCCGAAGGUAUUGAAGUAAUCUAUGAAACGUAUUUUGUUCGCUUGGAAAACGAACUUAAAAUUUUAGGCAUUGAAGAAGAAAAAUUUUUAUCACUCUUGAGUGUGCUAGCAGUUGCAAAACAACCUCUUCCAUCAUCAAUUAUUAAAAGAUUACUUAGCUCUGAAAGAGAUUCGUUAAGUGCAGAAAGAACGUUAUCAAAAUUAAUUAGUUGCAUUUCUUCACUCCUUUUCAUCAAGGAUGAUUGUGUGUCGUUUUCUCACAAAUCAGUAAAAGAUUGGCUGGUGAAACCUAAUCAUCGUUUUACAAUCAAAGAGAAAUAUGGCCAUAAAACGCUCGCUGAUAUUUGCGUUUUUCAAAUGGAAACAUUAAAGCAAAACGAA